CGGCGGCGAGGUGGCUCGGCAACCCUCCCGGAGGAGCCCGGCCCACCUCUCCCGUGCAGGCACCCCCUCCUCCCCGCCCCGAAAGAGGAACUCCCCGCCCGCGCAGCCCGGCCGCGGCGCAGGAGAAGCGGCGGCGGCAGCGGCGGCACCGCGCCCGCCCCUCCGCGCACCAUGGCGGAGCAGCGCCCGCCGCCCGCCGCCGCCUGAGGCGCCCCGCGGCGCCGAGCCGAGUCCGCGCCCAUGGCGGCGGCGCCGCCGCCCGCCCUCAGCUGGGCGCUGCCCCUGCUGGCGGCGCUGGCGGGCGCCACCGGACCCCAGAGCUUCGAGCUGCCGGGGGCCCCCAUCGACAACAUCGAGGUGAGCGGCGGCGCCGUGCUGGUGGCGGGCGGCAGCUGCCUCUACGAACUGCGGCCCGAGCUGCGGCCCCGGCGCCGCGUGGUGCCGGCGGCGGGGCAGAGCUGCGGGGAGCCCCCCGGCAUGCGCAGCAACCUGCUGCUGUACUACGAGGAGGCCGGCGGGGUGGGCGUCCUGCUGACCGGCUGGACCCAGGAGGACGGUGCCUGCCAGGUGUGGGAACAGCCGUCCUACCGCCAGCGCUUGAACGAAAGAGAGGUGGUCAGUUGCCUGCCCGAUGGCUCCACCGCCGGCGUCGUCUUCCAGCAGGCCGGCGCCUGGUACCUGGCUGUGGCGGCCACCUACUCAACUAGCGCUGACACGAACCACCUGCGCUGCGAGCCCUCCAAGUCGGACAAGGAGACUGUCAUCACGGUGCGCAGCAUGGUCAACCUGAAGUCCAAGGAGGAGCUGGGCAUCAUCAAGCGCAGGGAGGAGCCUUUACACUUCGUUGACGCGCUCCAGUGGGGGGAUCACCUCUUCUUUCCCUACUACACGUUGAAGGCCAGGUCGGGCAAUGACACGGAACCACCCAGCAUGGCUGUCCUGCGCCAGCUGCGCCCCUCAGAAGGUGGCCUUACUUUGCAAGGGCACGUCUAUUUGGACUGCGGCUGCAGGAGCCUCAUUGUUUCCUCCAGCCUCGUACGCCAGGGUGAGCGGGGCUGGUGGGUGGGUGUUUUCCGCCACAGCCACAAUGCCAAGGCCUGGAACACCACCGCUGUCUGCAUCUUUGAGAUGGAGGAGAUGAAGGAGCAAGCCUGUGCAUCCACACACUUCAAUAUGAAUGGGAAGAGCUGUGAGGCACGAUCAAUCAAGAAGUUACCUACCUUGAUUCACUCUGGAUUAGUGGCUGUUUAUGGCACAGUUGUUUUGAAUCGAAUAGUUCUCUUUUUGGGAACAGAUGAUGGACAGUUACUGAAGGCUAUUCUUAAUGAGGAUAUGGAAUCUAAUUGCCCAGAGGUUUUAUACGAAAUUGAGGAAGAAACCUCCGUUUUCCAUAAACUUCGACUUGAUCCGGUGAAUAAUAACUACAUCUAUCUGUCCUCUGCCAAUAAGGUGAGAAGAAUACCAGUAGCAAAUUGCGGUAGAUACGCUUCUGAGCAAGAAUGCUUAUCUGCAAAGGAUCCCUACUGUGGGUGGUGUUCUUUGAAUCAAAGGUGCACAUUAAAAGAAAAUUGUACACAUUCAAACAGCAUAAAUGGUUGGUAUAACAUUUCACAUGCACCCAGUAAAGAUCUGGAAAUCCUGCUAAGUUUCCCUGCCAAAAAUCAGGUUGUUGUGACUGCAAAUGUAAACAAAAUCCUUACUUUCUGUAUGAUAAAAAUUGUAACAUCUGUUGAAAUAUUUUAUGAAAAUGUAGUGCUGAAAAAUUCGUCCUGCUUCUGCAAUCUAACCACUCCGAUGAUAACUGAUAAUGAUUGUCUAAUUCUUGAAGCAUCGCUGUCCUCAAGCUCUUGGAAUAUCACACAAACAUUUCAGUCAAAAAACUGCUCACAGUGUGUACACAAGGGUGAAUGUGCCAGCUGUAAAUGGAAUCGUGUCUCUCCUGCCACCACCUGCCAGGAUAAUUGUAAUGCAACUGCUUCCAAGGGGAUCACCACUGCACAGAAAACAGAGCAUAUCAGUAUUCAAUCCAUUGAACCUUUGUGGAUUUCUACAUUAGGCAAAAGCGAAAUAACAGUCAAAGGAGAAAACUUUACACGUGCAUCAGGCAUAAAACUGAUAUUGACUGGGAUCACUGGCUGUAAACCAGACAUCAUUAAAGUUAGAAAUGUGCUAAAUGAUACACAAAUGACAUUUGCUCUCCCACCAACACGUAAAGAGGCCAAAAGUAUAUGUAUACAGGCUAAUGGGAAAAAAUGUUCACCACCAAUGACCCUGCAUUAUGUUUCACUGCCAUCAUGUUCUAGAAUCACACCAAAUACCUCCUGGAUCAGUGGUGGUCGCAAAAUUACUACAACUGGUAGAAAUUUUAAUGUGGUGGACAGUGUCAUUAUUUCAGAUGACCAGAGAUCAAACCUCACAGUCUCUAGGUGUCCUGGCAAUGCAUCUGAAUAUCAUUACUUAACACCAAGCCUGAGCCAUGCAACUGAGGGUAAAGUUGUUGAUAUGAUGUUAAAAGUGGAUACUACCUUUAUACCAUGUGUCAAAUUACACUAUCACCCUGACCCAGUGUUCAUUAACUACCAGCUGCACACUGAACUGGAUCCUGAUCUGGAAUUAAAAAUAUAUAAAGAAAAUGAUAACUUGAAUAUUUCUAAAACUGAGGUAGAGGUUUAUCUGUCUUACAUUACUGGUGCACAGACCAAAAAGAUAUGGUUCAGUGUCCAAAAUAUUACCAAAAAGCCAGACCGUAGCACCAUACUGUGCAAAUUCAAAAGGGAAGGAACAGACAAGAUUGACUUUUCCACAGUGAAAGUUUUUGUCAAAUUGGGAAAUUUUGAGCAUGAAGUGAAACCAACAUCAUCAUACAUAUAUUUAUAUGUUCUUAUUUUGCUACCUAUUGUAGUGGGUGUCAUUAUAGCGGCAUUCAUAGUUACUAGAUACAAAUCCAAAGAGUUAACUCGUAAACAGAGUCAGCAACUUGAACUGCUGGAAUAUGAGAUUCGUAAGGAAAUACGCGAGGGAUUUGCUGAACUGCAGAUGGAUGAAUUAGAUGUGGUGGAUAGUUUUGGAACCGUUCCCUUCCUUGACUACAAACACUUUGCUCUUAGAACUUUCUUUCCAGAGUCAGGAGGCUUUGCAUCCAUCUUCAGUGAAGAAAUGCCACAGAGCAGAGACCAAACGAGCAAGGAUGAAAGCUUCAACAUGUUGCAUGCUUUAAUUUGUAACAAGAACUUUCUUGUUACUCUCAUUCACACCCUUGAAAAGCAGAAAAAUUUCUCUGUGAAAGACAGGUGCUUGUUUGCAUCCUUCUUGACUAUUGCAUUACAAACUAAGCUAGUUUAUCUGACCCAUAUUUUGGAAGUGUUGACAAGGGACUUGAUGGAGCAAUCAAGCAAUGUACAGCCUAAGCUCCUGCUCAGACGAACUGAAUCUGUGGUAGAAAAAUUGCUGACAAACUGGAUGUCUGUUUGCCUUUCUGGAUUUCUCCGGGAGACAAUUGGUGAACCUUUCUAUUUGCUAGUGACAACCCUCAAUCAGAGGAUAAACAAAGGACCUGUUGAUGCGAUAACUUGCAAAGCCCUGUACACACUUAACGAAGACUGGCUGCUGUGGCAAGUGUCUGAAUUCAAAACAGUGACAGUGAAUAUUAUCUUUGAAAAAGUCCCAGAAAAUGAGAGUGGAGAUGCUUGUCAGACUAUUCAGGUUAAUGUUCUGGACUGCGACACCAUAGGCCAAGCCAAGGAGAAGAGCCUUCAGGCUUUCUUUAAUAAGAAUGGCUUUCUCUAUGGUCUUCAGCUGGAUGAAAUCGGUCUUGAACUUGUGUCUGAGGAGCAGCAAAGAGAAUUGUUAGAUAUUGAUGGUUCCUCAGAGGUGAUGGAGGAUGGGAUAAGGAAGUUAAAUACCAUCGGUCAUUACGAGAUUUCAAAUGGAGCAACCAUAAAAGUCUUUAAAAAGAAAGCAAAUAUCCGAUCAGAUGUGGACUACUCGGAUGAGCACUGUCAUUUGAUUUUACCAGACUCGGAAGCAAACAAAGAUGUGAAGGGAGCAGGUCACAAAGGAAAGCAAAAAUUCAAAGUGAAAGAAAUGUAUCUCACAAAGCUUCUGUCAACCAAGGUUGCAAUUCAUUCAGUUGUUGAAAAGCUCUUCAGGAGCAUUUGGAGUUUACCCAACAAUAAAGCACCUGUUGCCAUCAAGUACUUUUUUGACUUUCUGGAUGCCCAGGCUGAGAGCAAAAAAAUUACUGACCCUGAUGUGGUCCACAUAUGGAAAACCAACAGUCUUCCUCUUCGCUUCUGGGUGAACAUACUGAAGAAUCCCCAAUUUGUCUUUGAUAUUAAGAAGACUUCACAUAUAGAUGGCUGUUUGUCUGUAAUUGCACAAGCUUUCAUGGAUGCCUUUUCUCUAGCAGAACAGACCCUCGGGAAGGAAGCACCAACAAAUAAACUUCUCUAUGCCAAGGACAUUCCACUCUACAAGAAGGAGGUGAAAGCGUACUACAAAGCCAUCAGGGAUCUGCCUCCAUUGACCACUGCAGAGGUUGAAGAAUUUCUAGCUCAGGAAUCUAAGAAACAUGAAAAUGAAUUUAAUGAGAAAGUGGCCUUGUUUGAAAUCUACAGAUACAUAGUGAAAUAUUAUGAUGAGAUUGUCAGCAAACUCGAGCGAGAACGGGGGUUUGAAGAAGUCCAGAAGCAGCUCCAGCAAGUAAAAGCCUUAUUUGAUGAAAAGAAAAAAUGCAAAUGGCUUUGAGCAGAGCACUGACUCACAGCAUCACUAUGGGAAAUUUUAAAUUAGUGCUACUGCUCCUGAAACUGUUUUGACUGAUUAUAUGUACAGGGUUUGAAACAUUUGGACACUCUUCUCCACUCUGACCAUUCAAGUAAUAUCUACGUUUGGGAAUGAAAUACGGGCAGGGUUACAUAUUCAGACGUGGGCAUGUAAAAGUGAAUCUGGUGUUGGCAGGGCCAGCAUUUUUAGGUACUUGAACACACAUAACCCUUUGGUUCAAAAAUACUGUCUAAGUAAGCUUUCUGCUUACACAAGGUCAUAGGAGUCGUGCAAAAUACACUGUAAGUUCAGAGUCGCCCAUGUGAACUUGCAAGUUGCUUAGCUCGUUUUUUAAGAGGGAAAGCUGAUGUUUUGCUACAUCCUUUCAGCAGCUUGGCAAACUGUGAGGGUGAGCUCCGGCUUCAGAAUACGGGUCAGCUCCAGUUUCCUUCCUUCCAGUCAAAUGUUCACUGGUUCCUGUUCAGGGAAAAAAAAUAAACAAACCCCCACAUAAAUAAAACCCAACAAAAACCUGGCACCAAAGUGACACUUCAGAUAAGUGUGUUUAGCAGAAAAAAAGUGGGUCUGAGGUUUGAAGGCCAAAUGCUACAUGGCAGGACUUAUCUUCCUUAGUUUAGAAAUUCCAUGUGCAAAGUGAAGCCAGCUGCUGAGGGAAAGAGGCAGGGGGGAGGCUUUCGGAGAAGGGUGCUGGGCCAACAUCUCUCUGUGUUUACAUUUCUACCUUUCCAUCCUUAAAUAAGCUGUGAAACACUUGUGAGCAGCUUCACAGGUGAAACUGCACUGCAUCAGAACACUGUUGUGAUUUGAUGAAGCAGCUGAUGGCUGCACUUCGGUGCAUAAAUCUAUACUCAGGUGCAUGAUCGGCCCAUGCAUCAAUGCUGACAGUCCUGGCCAGGCUUCUGUCUGUGUACAAGGGCCUCACAAACCUGAAGCCAACAUGUGGGGGGGGGGUUCAGGUCAAAGAAGGUUAGUUUAAUGAUAUGUAAGAACAGGAGGACUGGUGUAAUCUCUGUGUAUGAGAAACUGAUACAAAUGUGCUCGCUGGGGUUGGGGUGGGGAGGGGUAACUGUCUGCCUUAGUCUGGCUGGGGUUUUUGAGGCUUGGCCAUUUUGAAAGGAAGGAGUCCAUUACAUUUGCAUUGGUGGCUAAAGUCAGCCCAACUGGAAAGCAGGCGCAUGGCUGUGCUGCUGAGAUGAGGCUGGUGCAGUGGCUACUGAAAAAAGCCAUGGAGGAGCAGCCGUGGCUCCAGCUCUGCUACUGCACCAGCACAAUCCUGCCCUCUGCUACAGAGCUGAAAUGAUUUGUCACCAUGGACUCUGCUUCCGUCACAGGAGACUCUCACGCGCCCUUAGGUUUGAGGUAAGGCAUUGAUGACACGGAGAUAACGUUUCCAUACAUUUCUGGAGGGAUCCACUGCUGGAAGUGAGUGGCCCACAGGAGAGGGAAACACUGUCACCUGCCUUGGCAGGAUGUGCCAAGUUUGGUACAGGAAGGCAGUGCUGGGACUGUGAGCAGCCAGAGAUGGCUGUGCAGGGCUCCCAGGCGGCAGAGCUCCAAGAUUUACUGCCACGUGCUGCUGCACUGGGGGAGCCCUGCAGCUGCAGGCCAGCAGUGCUGAAGCUGGCUGGUUUGGGCACAAAGGCUCCCAGCACCUGGUACAAGGUACAGUCCCAUGGCACACGGCUGGCCAGCGCCCGCACACGUUAACCAAGCCUUGGCUGAAGCAAGGCCGGCUGGUAACGUGGAAAAAAAGCAAACACCAAAACAUGUUGCCUGCUGGUCUGCCCCCUCCCUGCUGUGUGAUUGCACAAGUUGUACCUCUUGCAUAGCAGAGAGGACAGCCACCAAACAACCCAUACUGUGAUGGCUUUGUUGUGUUUUUUUUUUUUAAUUCAAGUCUUACUCUUGCUAUUAAGUUUACACUUUAUACUUGAUGGAAUGUAUGGCUUUGUUCAGGAAACUGCACUACAAUGUUGCAGUACUUUCAGCAGUUCUCUGCCUGGCACAAUGUAUUUUGAUAGUUCAAUUUUAAUUGGAAAAAAACCCCAACCCAACCCUAACCUAUCUUGCCCUCUGUCCUAAAGGAGUGGAUCAUGGCUUGACUAGCACUUAAGCUUGGAAUACCUGUAUGUAAGGGCUUGAUUUUUAUUAUUCUUAAUCUAACACUUUAAAGCAGCAUCAAAUAAAUAAAAAAGCACAGUAACUAAUAUUGAAGGAGUGGCAUGAGCGGAUUACUCUUUCCAGUGUGAGAGUUCUGUUCCACUUCAGGUGUUUGCUGGCAGUGCAUUCAAAUGAACUGUGAUAGUUUUGUUCAACAGUAACCUUCUGUACAGGCAGAAAAAACAAAUCCAACAUUUCUGCUUGAAAAGCUGUAAAAUAUAAUCUGUUUGCGUGGGUCUGAUCCUGUGAGCUUCACUAUAUGUGUUUAUAUUGAUGAGGAAAUGAAAAUCAGUCCUAUUCUGUAUUUGUACUACUGCUUGUUUGCUACAAUAGCUUUAAUGAUUUCUAGAGAUUAAGUAUGUGUUGAAGCAGGCCCUGUAGCUUUACCUACAGCCUGGAAUAGGAUUAUUGCCUUUUAUUCAAGCCUCCUAAACAGUGUCACUCUGUUAGUAAACCAUUUUUAAGUCAUGCUGGGACUUUGUAACCCAUCAAGUGGAUCUCACAAAGUGGUGUGAAGUAUAAUUAAGUGAUUGUGGCUCUUUUGGUAGGUUUGGGUCAGCACACAAAACAUUGGCACACCAUUUGCCGUUACUGUUACACGGACAAAAAGAAACCUCUGUAUUAUGGCAACCCAACAGUUCUAAUCACAUUCUCAGAAAUGAAAGCAAACUUCUCUUCAACUUACUGUCACAUGUUUACAGGCAAACUGCUAUGGCAAACAGUGUAUUUUCUAACACUAGCUUACAGAGCAUUAUUUUGCAGUCAUCUAGUUUGAAGGCAAAUCUUACUAAUGUGUAAAGUAAUUCCUGUUGUACAGAAGUUAACCUGUUGUUUAAAAUUAAUGGUUAAAAAAAAGUGCAAAUGACAAAUACAUGUCGGUGUUUGUAUGGGUUUAUCUAGAAUAAAAGCAUUUGGAGGUUA